UUCGCAAGGUGGUGUGAGGUUAUGUUUGUUAUUUUCUUUGGUUUCUAAACACUUUAGAUUUUAUAAAUAAAAACUAAAUAUUUUUAUAACUUCACUUAAAUCCUUAAAAGAUGGCCACUUCGAUGGAAGAUGUUUUGUUACAAGUACCUCAAGUUCGAUAUAAAAAGGGCGACGGGUCGCUUUUCUUAAUGGACCAAAGACUUAUUUGGAUGGUCGAAAAUAAAGAUACUGUAGUUGUUUCUCACCCCUACGCGGAUAUAAAAUCUCAAAAAAUCUCCCCUGAAGGAAAAGCCAAAGUUCAGUUACAAGUAGUUCUUCACAAUGGUGUUUCUUCAACAUUUCAUUUCACUAAUAAGUCUGGGAUGCCUGCCCAGUUGGCAGAUAGAGAUAAAAUUAAAGAAAUGUUACAAUCUCUACUACCAAAAUUUAAAAGAAAAGUAGAUAGAGAAUUAGAAGAAAAAAAUAAGUUACUUUCAACUAACCCUGCCUUACUCCAAUUGUACAAAGACUUAGUAAUGACUGAAGUUGUAACUUCUGAGGAAUUUUGGUCUCAGCAUGCACAGCAAUAUACUCAGAAGCAGAAGCAACAACCCCAAGAUAUUGGUGUUUCUGGAGCAUUUUUAGCGGAUAUAAAACCACAGACAGACGGUUGUAAUGGCCUUAAAUAUAACAUUACCCCCGAUAUUAUAGAAUGUAUAUUUAAAACAUAUCCUGCUGUAAAGAAAAAGUAUAUAGACAAUGUCCCUGCCAAACUUAGCGAAUCUCAAUUUUGGACAAAAUUUUUUCAAUCACAUUAUUUUCAUAGAGAUAGGAAAUAUGCAGAAAGCAAAGAUAUUUUUACUGAAUGCGGAAAGUUAGAUGACCAAGAAAUGAAAAAAGAUAUUCAAACCGGAGUUAAAGAUCCACUAAUUAAUAUAACGGAAUUUGAGGACAAAACGAUAGAUGAAGGAUACGGUUUAACUUCUGAAAAACCCGCCAAUAGCACCGGAACAGUAAGUCAAGCAAUGAUCAAAAGGUUUAACCAACACUCUAUAAUGGUACUAAAAUCUUCCAAAAAUGCAGGGAACGAUAAUUUACAACAAAACGGAGCAGACAAGAGUACAAUAAAUGCCAAUGGUGUAAGUGUUAAUGGACAGACGAGUAGUGAUGGUCCAGUAAAUAAGAGGCAGAGGCUGUUAGAAAAAAUUACAUAUGAUGAUUUAGAAGAUACGAAUAAUGAUAGUAAUACAAAGAGUGUUCAAUUAAAUUUAUCAAAAGUCGAAAGAUAUUUACAUGGCCCCAUGCCAGAUUCUUCCACCGAUUAUUUAAAUCCAAACGAAGCUGCUUCAGUAUUAAGGGGAGUUAUCCAAGAAACGAGGCAAUGGGGAGGAAGACAUCCGACGACUUCGCUAGUAACACCUGCAGCUGCUGUCGCAGCUUUAGGGGAACUGUCACCAGGAGGCGCUCUAAUGAGGGGAUUCCAAGAACAGUCAUUAGCUCAAUUGGUACCACCUGAUAUAGAAAAGGAAGUCCGAAAUUUAUACUUGGCUCUUUGUGAACUACUAAAACACUUCUGGAAGUGUUUUCCCCCGACAACUCCGAACACAGAAGCAAAACUAAUCAAAAUGCACGAAGCAUUAAAUAGGUUUCAUACGGCUAAGUUAAAACCCUUCGAAGAUAAGCUGAUCCGGGAAUUAUCUCCUCUAUCACAUCACCUCACCAAACACCUAAACCAAUUGCUGAAUGCAGCAUAUCAAAAAUUCAAUAAUUGGCAAAAGAUCAAAGUGCGUUAGCUACAAAACUGCCCAUAAAGUAGUAUUUUUUAACAAAUUGAAUAUUGCUAUAAACGUUAGAUAAACAAAUAUAAACAUCUUGAGAUCCAAAGUUGUUUGAAAAAAUAAUGUAAGUCGAAUCUUAGUUUUUUAUGGCCAACAAACAGAAGUUUACUAAUGUUUUGUAUUUUUGAUCACAGAAUGGAAAUGUUGACUAUUUUUGGAAAAGUGCCUAAAACCGUGCAUAAGUACGUAAUAUGUAUAGCCCUUUAAAAAUGUUUUAUUUAUAUUUCUUUAAAACUUCACUCUAUAGUCUAUAGUAUAAUUCACUAUUGCCAACUAUUUUAAUUAGAGACGAAAAAUAAUGUAUUAGUUGCUUAUUUAAACCUUCAGAAUGGUAUGGGGCAUUAUCGAAAACUAUAACAGGUGGUUCAUGUAAACUUUGAAGCAGUUUUUCUUUCAACCAUUUCACAAUCAUCUUCAUCUCCGUAUUUAUGUUAUCGUGAUAAUCAGCCGAUUUUGAUUUUGACGAAAAAACAAGAUCUCCACCAAUAAAACUAUGUUCUCCACCCGCAUGCAAUAUAAUAUGUGUCUCUCCCUCAGUAUCGGUGUGUUUUAUUUUUAUACUCUCGUCCUACCAAAUACGUUUUAUUCCAUCUUUAUCAAAAAUCCACGUUUCGUCUAAAUAAAGAAAUGAAUCGUGUUCUUUUUUUAAAAUGAUUAUAGUUUCUUAAAAACUCGCUUCUCUUUUGAACGACACUAGUUGUUUCACACAAGGCGUUUCUAUUGUCUUCCAUUUGAAACCUAAACCCAAACUGUUUAAAAACUCUUCAAAAACUUACCAUGGAAAUUUCGAAUGCAUUUCCGUCUUUUCAUUUUUUAAACACCGUCUGUACAGAAACGUGUUCUUUCGUAUUUCAAACUUACAAGUUACAACUCUGAGGAAGAUUUUUAGUCUUAGAGUGUGGUCUAGGUUUAUAUUGUGUGACCUCUACUUCACUAUUUACACUUUUUCUGUUUUUCAUAACUGACUUGAGUUUUGUCUCAUUAAUACACAAUGCAUCGCACACACGCUUAUGUAUGGAUUGAAUAGGGAACUUGCACAUUUUUUUAUUACAUAAUAAUGUUCAGUUUUGUAUAAAAAUGAGAUUUCCAAAAUUUCACGCUUCAAAAACUCAUAAUAACUUGGAAGUACAAAUUUAAAGUCUUCUUUAUCUUAAAAUAGUUCAAACGACCCGUGACGUCACAGAGUUUGACUAUGUGGUUCAGUUUAUGGUUAUAUUUACGUAUAUUCUUCUUUAGUUUAUUGGCCUCCACCUAAUUGGGUAUUUAGCCAGAUCGUCGUCGGGGAAUAAAGGAAAAAUAUUUAUAUUCUAAUGACAUUUAUCGUAUGUCAUUGUAAUAAUAUAUACCAGUUAGUUGACAUUGGAGUUUGAUACAGUUAUUGAAGGAAAGGAAAGAAGGUUUACUAUUGAAAAUAAAACCAUUUUGUAAAAGUACAAAUUUUCUAUGAAUAGUUCAAAUAAUCAAAAACAUUUGUAACGUCACAUAACUGUAUUUUCUACUGACGUUUAUAAUGUCUAAUUUAAAAUUAUAUAUACAAUUGGUGUAGAAUGUAAACAUACAACCCAGUGACGUCACGACGCGUUUUGGGGUGGCUGGUAUAAGUUGAAUUUUUAGUCGUCUUUAGGGGCAAAACGAAAGACAAACAAAACUUUUUUAUUUUUGAUACAUGUUUUACAUUAUGUUCUGUUGUGAUUUAUACCAUUUUCUUCGAAUUUAAAAUUGUAUGGAAGUUCCCUAUUGUUGACAAAGGACCUCCAUUGACUUUUUCGUAAGAUAAGCGUAAAAAUAACAUAUUACUUAAUAACUGUGGUCGAAACUACAAAGAAUUUGAUUAAAAUUAUAAGAACGAACAAUUCAUUUUGUAUUGUUGGCAAAAAACAAAAUUUGUGUUGUUUAGUUGCGCCACGUUUUGGUAUAUACGACGUUCAGCCAAAUUUAAAUGCAUUUUAAAUUUCCUGCAAGUUAGACAAGAGUCUUUGCCACCUUUAGUGGUUUCUUUUUCUCCACUGCUUUGACUGUUCUUUAAUUACUGAUUCCUUUAAAAAUGUUCGAAUGGCGGUUUAUCAUUGAUAAACGAUUCUGCAAAUUUUGGUCAACAAUGGACAAAUGCAGCACCCAAAUCCAAGAGCCCAGCAGAUGUUACGUACAAACUAUUUUACGCUUAACACCAGCGCCCUCUAUCGCAUCUUUCAAUCAUAAAUUUAGAUUUCCCUGUGUAUGGUUGGUACAGUAUGAAUACCAUUGCAGGUCAUUGUCUACGUCAGAGAUCUAAGUUGACAUUGUUGACAAAUUACAAAAAGGUUACUGAAUGGGCAUGGACAAAUGCAGCACCCAAAUCCAAGAGCCCAGCAGAUGUUACGUACAAACUAUUUUACCCUUAACACUGGCGCCCUCUAGCGCAUCUUUCAAUCAUAAAUCUAGAUUUCCCUGUGUAUGGUUGGUACAGUAUGAAUACCAUUGCAGGUCAUUGUCUACGUCAGAGAUCUAAGUUGACAUUGUUGACAAAUUACAAAAAGGUUACUGAAUUCAUUUUAAAUCAAAUAUAUUACAUAAUUAUUGUAGAAGUGGAUUAUACAUUAAAACAAAUUAAGAUUCAAUGUAAAUACAUAAAUAAAAAAAAUAGAAACAGAAAACAAGAAUUAAGUAAUAAUCUUACGUUAAAGGAAAAGGUGCAAAAUGUCGCCUGUCAAAAUUUUCAAUGUAUUUUAAAUUUAUUAAUUUUUUUCGAAUCCUGAGAAAACUAAUAAGUAUUUUUGAAAAAUUUAAACACAGAAUGAAAGAUUACGUUAUUGCCGAGGGCCUAAAGUCCCUUAGAAUAAAUAAAAAGUUUCUUUUGAAUGAAACAAGAAUUUGCUAUUAAAAAUCACAUUAAAUUUUAUCUAUUAUUGUCACCCCUGUAACUUAUUAAAAUAUACAUUAUAGAAGUUUUCAGGGACUUUCGACCUCAGUAAUAAUGUAAUCUUUCCAUACUGCGUUUAAAUUUUUCAAAAAUAUUUAUGUUUUAUCGGGAUUAAAAAAAAUAAUACAUUUAAAACACAUUGGACAUUUUGACAGGCGACAUUUUGCGCCUAUACACUUAAAGUAAAUACAUAACAAAAACAAUAGAUAUAAUUAAACAAAUACUUAUAGUAAAUAAUAAAAACAAAUCUGAAGUGUCAACAUAGUCCAUGUGGUAAGACCGCUCCCGUCUGAAAAAAUUUCUGAUUCGGUUUCUUUGUGGAUUCCUAUUCAAAAAUGUCCCCUUUAAACAAAUCUAAAGGGUGCCGGGCGGAAUUUUUGGGCAGAAAUUGUUUAAACAAUUUUUUUAAACAAAUACAAAAGAUCACGUUUUUUGCUCUGGAACAUAUUAUAUUUGUAGGUUUUUUUGGUCAUUUUAAACAAGAAAGGUUUCUUGUAAUUUUUCUUAAAAAUUGAUAGUUUUCGAGUUAUACGCGAUUUAAAAUCUGAAAAAUGCGAAAAUACGCAUUUUCGAGGCCUAAAAACUCAUAUCUAAAUUAGUAUUUUUGAGGUUGCCAGAUACUUAAAUUAAAGAUUAAACAUUCAGCUUCAAGAUUCUGAAGAGUGGUUGUGUCUAACCUUAAUUUAUACCAUUGUUUUUUAAUUGUUAAAUAUGCGUGUUUAUCCGAUUUUUUUGCCGGUGCGGUGAGCUCUAUUUCAAAAAUCUCCUAUUUUCUUCCGAAAAAUAUUUUUUGUAGAUUGUUUGGAAUAUUCUAAAUAAAAUAAGUUUCUUGACAUUUUUCUCAAAAAUUAAUAGUUUUAAAGUUAUAAGUGAUUUAAAAUCCGAAAAAUGCCAAAAAACGCAUUUUUGGAUUUUAAAUCGCUUAUAACUUUAAAACUGUUAACUUUUGAGAAACAUGUCAAGAAACUUAUUUUAUUUAGAAUAUUCCAAAGAAACUAGAAAAAAUAUUUUUCGGAGGAAACUAGGAGAUUUUUGAAAUAGAGCUCGCCGCACCGGCAAAAAAAUCGGAUAAACACGUAUAUUUAAUAAUUAAUAAACAACGGUAUAAAUUAAGGUUAGACGCAAUCACUCUUCAGAAUCUUGAAGCUGAAUGUCUAAACUUCAAUUUCAGUAUCUGGCAACCUCAAAAAUACUAACUUAAAUAUGAGUUUUUAGGCCUCGAAAAUGCGUAUUUUCGCAUUUUUCAGAUUUUGAAUCACCUAUAACUCAAAACUAUCAAUUUUUGAGAAAAUUUACAAGAUACCUUUCUUGUUUAGAAUUACACACAAAACUUAAAAAUAUAUAUUCCGGAGCAAAAAAACGUGGUCUUUUCUAUAUGUUUAAAAAAAUUGUUUAAACAAUUUCUGCCCAAAAAUUCCGCCCGGCACCCUUCAGAUUUGUUUAAAGGGGACAUUUUUGAAUAGGAAUCCACAAAGAAACCGAAUCAGAAAUUUUUCCAGACGGGAGCGGUCUCACCACAUGGACUAACAAAGCAAUUGUAAAAUAGGUGUUACCGAUUUAUUUAUGCCAAAAUUUCACCUUUGUGUGGUCACAGUUAAAGUCUGUUCCGGACAAAUGUGCUUCAUACAAACGCUUUAUAAUCCAUUUAUCCAUUUAUACAAAUUUAAUGAAACAAGUUGUGGUAUAUUUCUGAAGUUUACAUUAAUAGACAUUUUCAAAAAUAUGCUCUACGAGGAUAUAAUAAAAUAUGUCUAUUGGCUGUAAUUUCUGUGCACUUGGCUAAACGAUUCUAAAAAGGAACAUACCUACGACUUAAAUAUUUUGUGUAUGUAUCAUGUGACGUCACUUGCUAUGACGUGGAUGACGUGCAACGGUAUUUAUACUCUAUGAACCGUAUAUUAUAUAUUCUUGAUAUUAUCAUUCUGUAUUUCUAUUUAAUUCUGCAUGGUGCCAAGACAACUGAGUGGCUGGUUAGUCUUUUUUGUAGGAUGCAUUUAAAAUACAUAGUGCGUUUUUUCUUUAACUACAACGAUCUAUUCCGUUGGUUGUGAUAUUCUCGACAUAAAAUCAUUCACAAUGCGAAAGAAGAGAAUAAACAGUUUUUAUUAGUCAAAAUUCUUUUUAUCUUCUGUUAGCAAAAACGAAUAAGAAAUAUAGCAAUACUACACAGUUUUGCAGUACCUGUUAGAACCAUUACGUAUAAUUGAGAUUUUCAGUUGGUACUGCAAAAGUGUGCUAUAUUUAUUGUAAAGAUUUUUAAGGUAUUAUUUAUUUUUGUUGUGUAUUGUUAUAAAAUCAAUAAAAAUUGGUAAUAUGUAAA